AUGUGCAGUAAAAGCUACAGAGCUACCAUGCAGUUGUCUGUCAUUCUCAUCAUCAUUGGUAUGACUGUGGUUGUUAAAGGAAGCGGUGAUGCUCCAAACGGACUCCAUUUUGUUGGUGUUGGAUAUAAUCUGCUGAAAGGGAACCCUGAAGGAGGAGAUGUGACAAAUGGGGGUGUCGAUCCAGGACUUCUUAUCACUAGAAAGAUCUUUAAUCUUACCUGGAACACUAACAAGAAGACUGUGGACAACAGAAUCAGUGUGCCAGAUCAGGUGACCUUUGCGCCACGUUCAUCCUGUGUCACAACCAACAAGAAAGAGGUGUUUUCCGGUUGUAAGAGUUAUCAAGAAAAACUGAACGACGAUGUCCAAGUUAGCGGUAAGCGGAAAAAGAGAUUGCUAAGAUUUCAAUCUAAGCGAUAUCACACACUGAUUCUGUGAUAAGAAACGACUAUGCUGCCACAUGUAAAACCGCGUUUAUACUUAUAGGUAGGCAGAUGCUGCGCUUAAGAUUGUCUCAAGGAAAUAUUGCUUUUACAGCAUUUGUUGCGACUACUUUUAUAAGUGAUUCUCACUUAUAGUAAUUGCCUAAGCUGUGAAUUUUGAAACUAUUUUUAUUCUUUUAAAUUUCUGUGUAGGUAACUACGGCGUGGGUUUGCUGAAUGUCGCUUUUUCGCUAAGUUCAAGUAAGAAAUAAAAUGAGUUACUUCUGUUUAAUUUCUUAUUUAGGGAAUAGUUUAGGUGGCUGUUUAGGAAGGUUUAACUGUAGUACAUUUUCAAAACAUCUUUUUAAUAUUAGCUCAGAUAUAGUUACUCUGUACUGUCCAAUGAUUCCUUGUAUAACGAUGCAUUGACGUCAAUACUUCUAGGAUUCGAAAAGGUGAAGAAGGAGACAUCUGAAUAUCACAGUGUGUUUUAUGAGGAGAAACAUGUUUGCAAUAAGGGACGCGCCCGCUACCAGUUGGAUUUAGCUCCAGUAAAGAAGUUCCCGGUGUCAGCGGACUUUGCUGCUACAGUAUGCACGUUACCAGAGGGCUACAACGAAACAGCAUACUUUGAUUUCUUAGAAGAUUGGGGAACGGUUAGUUUGUUUAAAUGUUGAUUAAUCCGCUUAAUAAUCGGGAUUGACGUCAUUUUGCAGUGCUAAUUGCAUAAUUGUGUCUGUCUUUCCGCUUUUCUAUGUUUUGUUUUGUUUGUUUUUUUCAGCACAUUGUAAUCGAAGUAGAAUUGGGAGAGAAAAAAACCGAACGCUUUAAAAGUUCAACAGCAGAAUUCACUAAAUACGCAAUAAUGAACGUAAGUUUGAGAAAUAUGCCUUUCUUCUGGUUUGUCGCGCUUUUUGGUUUACUUUGAUAAGAAAAAACCUCUGACGUCAGUAAUUUAAUUUCAUUUAAUUUCAAAAACUUUUAAGGCGCAAAUAUCUAUAUAAAUAUAUUCAAAUGCGCCAUAUGGAAAAGAAAAACAACAACAACAAAACAAAACCAAACCAAAACAAAACAACAACAACAACAACAACAAAAAAUAAUACUACUAAUAAUAAAAAUUAUGAAUAAUUAUGAUAAUAAAAAUGAUAAAAUAAGAUGAUAAUAUAGACAUAGAAUAGAAAAACUAAUGGCUAAAGGUUAAAACGAUAAAAUCUGUUUGCAAAAUCUUAAAAAUUAUAAGCUGAAAAAAUUUAGUACUUUUUGAAUUUAGUUGUUUCACUUUUUUUUUCUUGCAUGUAUGUUUGUCUUUGUUUUUGACUUUUUUUUUCUUCCGAAGUUGCAUUUAAUAGUUGGUAAGUCGUCACCAUCAUGGAACCCUGCUAUACAGUUUUUAACUAUUUUUUUUUUCUAAUAAGACCUUUCGAUUCCCAAACAUUGCGGGUUUUAUGUCUACUAAUCAUUGACAAUGUUCUUUAUGCACAAGGAUCUCUUCUUUUCAGAGUAUUAAUUUUUUUACAGACAAUAUAUAACGUUUUCAAAUGCUGAAUUACACCAUUUUGAGAACCUCAACUAAAAGUCACUUUAGAUCGCAGAUUAUAUUUCAUGAAACUUUAAGGUUUUUGUGUGCACCACACGAUCCUUCGGGAAUAAGAUGUAACAUUUUUACGAACCCAGUAUAUUCUAUUUCUUUUUUUAGUCGCAAAAAUCGGUAUCUCUGUCUGGAAGUUACAUGGGAUUCAACGCCUCCUUGAAAGUCGAUGUUAACGUGUUCAAAGAGUCAAUGUCAAAGGACACCAAAUUUGGGGAGCAUCAUGAGGUGGUAUUCGAGUCUGGAGGACCAAACAUGCCUGAGCCCAUUGGAAUUAAACUGGUGCCAAUUACUGAAGCUUUUGAUUCUGCUUUUUACUCCGUCUUGGAUCAACAGUGCUCCGCACGAUGUGUUCAUUCUAAGUCUCUACUCAAAGAGCGUAAGGCGGCGGUCAUAAGGGCAUUAGAUGAAUAUCCUCGCCUUAAGAAAACCGUGAUACCUGUAGGUACGAGUCUAUUAUAGAGGAGGUAAAAAAUAGAUAGCAUCGAAAUAUUCUAAACUUAAGAACGUUACUUUUGCCAGAAAAUCUGGUAAACUCUUAAGUGAUAAUUCAAAGGGAAUCUUCAUGUUUUCAGGAAAGCUAAAGAAAUGCGUAAACAUUAUUGAUUUGAGGCCUGUUUACAUGAAAGUGGGGGACCCCAGGUGGUGGGAUAACCCUUCCGUUCAUAUAAUCUCUCAUAUGGUCACCUCAUCUAUCAUGUAAACCUGACCAAUUUGAAUUGGUAUAUUAUAUGAAGAGGACGGUUAGCUCACCUAAGUGGGUUACCUGAUCUAACUGGGGUCCCCCGCCAGUCGAACAAUAGGUAGAUUUUUCAAGGCCAACAAAGAUCACGGGUGAAUUCCUUAGCCCCAAAGUACAUGUUAAGCACGACUCAAGACUAGAAACAAAAAGUAUCUAUUCAGUGCUUGACGGUAUCUCAUGAUUAUAAUUAGAUCCCGAAGUGCGGAUUCCUUUAACCUGGCCUAAGGGUACAUACGGUCUUCCCAUGCCUAAGUCAGGAUGUCCCAAGGGAUCAGAGUUCCUGUGGCACCAGGGAUAUCGCAAACACGACACUGAAGAUUCUCGUGCAAACAACGAGUGGUCAUCUCCAUUUGAUUUGGCUGGUCCAUACUACAGAAAUAAUAUGUUCCAAACGUUCUGUAUGAAAACAGAAGACACAGCUUCUGAUUACAAUCUUCCCUGGCCAAGAGGUCAAUACUGUAUUCUCAAGAAAGGGGAAUGUCCCGAAGGUUUGUGUUAUUUGUUUGUUUGUUUUUUGGUUUGUUCAAGCCAAUUUUAAUAUAUAAAUAUAGGCAGUCAGCUAGGCUGUUUAGACAGCCCGUCGUGGGGUUAACAUGGUAGUUUGUUUCUAGUUAUUUGUCUUUGAUCGUCAGUUUAAGUCAUGGCUUAAUUGACCAAUCAGGUAAAUAAACAGAUUUUUAUACCGUCAAUUGACGAAAUACAAGUCACUUUGACUUCCAAGACGACUACUGCACUGGUUUUCGAAACGUCAGUCACCUGACUCACGGUAGAUUCAUCGGGACACACCUAGUUAUGGGAUUCAAUUUUGGCAAAUGAUAAUGGUGAUGAUGAUUAUGAUUACGAUGACGAUAAUGAUAAUUAUAACUAUUACAAUGAUAAUGAUUACAAUACCAUGAAUUAAAACAAAGCGUCUUAAAAUGGCGACUUCAGUAAGAGAUGAAACGGCCAAGCUAAGAUAAAUCUGUAUGGAUCUCAAUGACCCUCUGUUGGUACUGAAAAAAUCCCUUUGAUAUAUAAUCUAUUAAUCACACACAGGGUUUACAGAGGGACACAUAAAAUGGGAUGACGAAGAUGAUGACAACAGCAACGAAAUUAGUGGUCAGAUUCCAGAUGGUAUUUAUGACGGAAACACCGUUAUCUACUACUGCUGUCGAGCAGAUGGGCACGCCACAAAUCCCAUAAUUCUUCCCACUGACUCCCCAUUCGUCUUGCUGAAAUCUAACACUCACUUGUGCCAGUAUGUGCAGGGAAUGGAGGUUAGAAGUGAGUGGUUCUAUUGGGAUUGUGAAGAUUCAAGACCUUCAAAUGGAGUUGGAGGGUUCCCACCACGCUCUAAAGUGGGCGGAAAUGUCCAAGUCGAUUAUUGUUAUUAUUAUCGCUGA